CAUGAGCGCGAUGCUGGAGACGCCGGAGCUGCCGGCGGUGUUCGACGGGGUGAAGCUGGCCGCGGUGGCUGCGGUGCUCUACGUCAUUGUUCGCUGCCUGAACCUGAAAAGCCCGACUGGCCCUCCUGAGCUCAUUUACCAGGACUCUGCUUUGGCUUGUUUUCUACUCAAAUCCUGCCCACUUUUGACCAAAGAGUACAUUCCACCUCUGAUCUGGGGAAAGAGUGGACACAUCCAGACCGCCCUCUAUGGGAAGAUGGGGAGGGUGAGGUCACCGCACCCCUGCGGGCACCGCAAGUACCUCACCAUGCCAGAUGGAGCCACAGCCACCUUUGAUCUCUUUGAGCCACAGUCUGAGCACUGCAUUGGAGAGGAUGUCACGAUGGUGAUCUGCCCGGGCAUCGCCAACCACAGCGAGAAGCAGUACAUCCGCACCUUCGUGGACUAUGCCCAGAAGAAUGGCUACAGGUGUGCUGUGCUCAACCACCUGGGGGCCCUGCCCAACAUUGAGCUCACUUCUCCACGCAUGUUCACCUAUGGUUGCACCUGGGAGUUUGGUGCCAUGGUUAAUUACAUCAAGAAGACCUACCCUCAGAGCCAGCUGGUGGUGGUGGGCUUCAGCCUGGGUGGAAACAUUGUGUGCAAGUACCUGGGAGAGAACCAGGCCAACCAGGAGCGAGUCCUCUGCUGCGUCAGCGUCUGCCAGGGGUACAGCGCGCUGAGGGCCCAUGAAACCUUCAUGCAGUGGGAUCAGUGCAGAAGAUUUUACAACUUCCUCAUGGCAGACAACAUGAAGAAGAUCAUCCUUUCCCACAGGCAUGUUCUCUUUGGAGACAACAACAUGAAGAAGCCACAAAACCUGGCAGAUGCUGAUCUGGGCAAGCUCUACACAGCAACAUCCCUUAUGCAGAUUGAUGACAACAUCAUGAGGAAAUUCCAUGGCUACAGUUCCUUGAAGGAGUAUUAUGAGGAAGAGAGCUGCCUGAAGUACUUGCACAAGAUCUAUGUUCCUCUUCUGUUGGUUAAUGCUGCUGAUGACCCUCUUGUGCAUGAGAGUCUCCUAUCAAUUCCAAGAGCUCUUUCAGAGAAAAGGGAGAAUGUCAUGCAUGUGCUGCUCCUGCAUGGGGGCCACCUGGGAUUCUUUGAGGGGUCUGUACUGUUCCCAGAACCUCUCACCUGGAUGGAUAAGCUGGUGGUACAGUAUGCCAAUGCCAUCUGCCAGUGGGAGAAGACAAAGUCUCAAUGCUCAGACACAGAGCAGGCUGUGUCUGGCCAGGAGUAAUUGGCCCAAAGACUCUGGAUCACUUCAGUAUAUCUCCCCCUUUGGGAACAUCUUGUUCCUUCACCUGCUGCUUCAGGUUUCCAUUCUCCUUGAUAAUCCUUUGGCUGGGGUUUGAUCACAAUGUUUGCUUCCAGGGUGGAGUCCAGCAGAGGUUAGUGUCUGCUCAGAGCAUCUCUGCAGCAGCCCCUGGGGUUUGUAACUAACUGCUCUGCUUGUGGAAUUAAAUGGCCAGUGAUUUUUGUUGAGCUGAGGACUGCUUGCUUUCAGAUGUCAAACCUCUUCACCCACUGGCCCCAGCCUUGAUCUGCAGUGUGUGUUUAGGUGUAGAGGAGAGGGUAACCAUGGCUCUGUUCUGCCCUGGUGCUGAACCAUACCUCUACUAAGCCACAAGCCAGUCAAUGCUUCACUAAAGUGUUGCAGAGAAACACACUUGGCUGCAAGUGGAGUUCCAGCCUUGCACCAUCCCAAGGGAGGCCUCUUGGUUCCUAGGAAGCCCUUUAAGCAGUGAAUCAGUUUAAAACUACUUAGUGGGGUUUUGUGUUUCAGCUGUCUGUGGGUUGGGGAAUCUGUGCUGGGACUCCAGGCAGGGAGGCUGCAGGCUCAGUACCAUUUCAUGUGUCUGUGUAAACAUGUCUUUGCACCAAGACCAGGUCAGUCACCUUCCUGUCGCCUUGGCCUCUCUUUACAUGCACUCAUCUCUCUAGAACUGGAUUUUUGUUUGAUCCAGGGCUGCUUAAAGCUGGCUCUGAGCUCACAGAUCCUCCAGAUUCUUAAUCACUGGCAAGCCAAUCUCUUCUUAAGAAUAUUCCACAGGGACUUGCA